AUGGCGACUCUAAAAGAUCUCCCCAUAGUAUUGUUGAUCGAAAUUCUAUCAAGGCUUCCCGCACAGUCUCUACUCCAAUUUAAGUCUGUUUGCAAAUUAUGGUACGCUCUGAUCAACGAUCCUGCAAUUUUUUCUUUACAAGAUAAAUGUAUUUAUAUCAACCGUCGAAUAAUUAUCGGUUUUCAACUCUAUACGUAUAUACCCUCCAUCAUCAAGUUUUCCCACACCCCUGAUCGAUCUAUUUCCAUUCUCGAUGUCAACAAUCCAUCAAGUGAUUUUCGAAAAAAUACUAUUCACGGUCAUUCUCAAGGUUUAGUUUGUCUUUUGUACGAUAGAGAUAUUUUCCUCUUUAAUAUGAUGACCGAAAAGUUUCGUAAGCUUCCAUCAUCGAUUCUUCACAAUGAAGAUCCCUAUGAAAUGUUUGAUUCAUUAACAAGCGGUGUUGGAUUCGGAUAUGAUUCCAAAUCUGGGGAUUUCAAAGUUGUUAGGGUUGUACAAUUCCCGGACGAAGAGGGAGCCUAUAAUCUUCUACCACUUCGAGUGGAGAUUUGGGAGUUGAGGAAAGAAAGAUGGAGGGAAAUUGAAUCCCCUAAUUUUAGGUAUUUAAUGAUAACAGGGGGUUGUGAGAUGCAUCAUGAAGGAAAAUCUUAUUGGUGGUCAAGAAAUACAAAAGGAAAUAUUAUACGCACGUUUGACAUGAGCGAAGAAAUUUUUGGCAAAAUUCCAGUACCGAACAAUUUAGUGGAGGAGGAUGUGAUGUUAAACCCUAAUAUAAGUAUGAGAAUGUUGAAUGGAUCAAUUGUUGUAUUUCACGGCUCAAACGCAGGGAAUGAAAAAACGUUCUCGGUUUGGGAGAUGGAGAAAGAUGUCUUUUCAUGGUCAAAACUAAUGACAAUUGGUCCUUUUUUUGGAGUCGAGAAGCCAUUGUUGUUUGUGAGUUCAGAUGAACUUUUAAUGGAAGCCGACGAAGGACAAGUGAUUUCUUACCAUGUUAAAACUCACGUGACCAAAGUUCUUCCCAUAAAAGGGCGUCCACGUGUGUUCGCGAAUACUUAUUUUGACUUUAGUUAUGGUCCACCACCACCACCCUUACCAAUGUAGCGGAGGCAU